AUGGGCGCGCCGCUGCUCCGCCGCCGCCUCCUGCUGUCUCUCGCGCUCCUCGCCGCCUGCUGCGCGGGUGCGUCGGUGGCGGCGGCGCCCAGGCUGUCGCCCAACUACUACCGCCACAGCUGCCCGCGCGUGGAGCGGAUCGUGUCGGACGUCAUCGCGGCCAAACAGCGCGCCAACCCGUCGACGGCGGCGGGCACGCUGCGGCUCUUCUUCCACGACUGCUUCGUCAACGGCUGCGACGCCUCCGUGCGGCCGUUGCAUCCUGUCGUCGUCCAUGACUACAUGAGAACGUCCACAUCUGACAGUAGCACGUCCCCUUUGUUACUGCACGAUUACUAG